AUGAGGCCCGCGGUUUUUCUGGUUGCACUUGCGCCGUUGGCAGCAUCUGCUGCCCAGGAGAAGAAAUCUGCUGAAGACUGGAUAACCGAAAUUUGGGAUGACUUUAAGAAUGCAGUGGACUGCUUUAGCUGUCAGGCCCUUCUCGGUGGUCUCCAAGCUGUCUCCAUCUUUGGAGAAUCUUUCAUGGAGGAUGUGAUUACUGGCGUUUGCUCUAUCAGCGGAGCUGAAGACAGUGACGUUUGUGCAGGUGUCAUUGCCAACGAAGGUCCCGCUGUAUACUACUCGCUGAAGAACCUCAAGCUGGGCUCCCACACGGCCAAGACGUUCUGCGCCAGCUUAGUCGGGCUAUGCGAGUUUCCUGAAGUCCGUCCAUACAAUCUAUCCUUCCCUUCGCCGAAACCACCGGCCACUCGCCCUCCACCGAGUGGAAAACCACCAAUCAAAGUGGUUCAUUUUAGCGAUACCCAUGUCGACCUCUCCUACGAGGAGGGUUCUAAUUCCGACUGUUCGAAACCAAUUUGCUGUCGCUCCUAUACCGAAAAUGAUGCACCCGGAAAUACCAGCUCUCCGUGUGGACCGUGGGGCGAUACCAACUGCGAUCCGCCGCAUCGCCUGCAAGAAAGCAUGAAUUCCGCUAUCGCAGAUCUCAAACCUGCUUUCUCGAUCUACACGGGCGACGUAGUAGCGCACGAUGUCUGGCUAGUGAACAAGUCUGAAGUUCUCGACGAUCUCAACGCAACCUACGGUUCAAUGGAAAAGGACCUAGGAACAGUAUACGCAGCACUAGGGAACCACGACGCCGCCCCUCUCAACCUCUUCCCAUCCAACAACAUCCCGAGCGAAUACAACCCACAAUGGGCCUACGACGCCCUAGCCUCAGACUGGUUCGCAUUGACAGGAAACCCAUCCGUAAAAGCAGCCAGCGAAUACGGCUCCUAUUCCGCUGUCCACCCAAACAGCAAACUCCGCAUAAUCUCCUACAACAGCAUCUUCUACUACAAAUACAACUUCUUUUCCUACGAAGAACCAAUGGAAUACGACCCAGACGGCCAACUCGACUGGCUCAUCACCGAGCUCCAAGAAGCAGAAGAUUCAAGCCAACGCGUCUGGCUAAUCUCCCACAUCCCAACCGGCAAUUCUGACCACUUCCGCGACCACUCGCACUACUUCGACCAAAUAAUCCAACGAUACGACGCAACCAUCGCCGCCCUCUUCUUUGGCCACACGCACACAGAUGAGUUCCAAAUCUCCUACUCAAACUACACAAAUCAAAACUGGGACACCGCCACGGCGAUGGGCUACGUCGCCCCAUCAAUGACACCCACCUCCGGACCCCCCUCCUUCCGCGUGUACGAAAUCGACCCCGUCACCUACGCUGUCGUCGACUUCACCCAAUACAUCGCGAACAUCACAGAUCCCACCUUCCAAACCAAGCCCAAAUGGGUCCCAUACUACUCCGCAAAAGCAGACUACGGAUCCAAGCUCUCCCCACCUGUCGAAGACCCGCAUGUCGAACUCACGCCCGGAUUCUGGCACAACGUCACCGUCGCCAUGGAGAAGGAUCCUUCCGUUUUCCAGGACUUCUGGGCACGACGCAGUCGGGGCUUCAAGGUGCCGGAGUGCACGGGCGAUUGCAUAAGUAAUGAGAUCUGUGCUCUUCGGGGCGCGGACGCUCAGUAUUCUUGCUAUAAGCAGGCUCCUGGGUUUAGUUUUGAGAAAAGGGAUGGGCAGGGUGUUAAGGCUCUUUCGGAGGAGAGUUUUCAGCAGCCGGAGUGUAAUCAUGCGGGCAUGGCGCCGCUUUUUGCAAAGAUUUCGCAUCGGGCAAGGUUGGCGAGACAGAGUGGGCUGUGA